UCUUACGACUAAUUCUAGGAAUAAACGAAGCAUGGGCUCCGCCGCCCAUGCUCCUCAUACUUUCAUGUCUCAUGCCCUUUACCUCGGUCGAAUCAUUGCAUCGAUUCCUCAGACCAUCCGCAAAUUUCUCGAAUACGAUAGAUGGAGGAAAUGAGGAAAAUAUUUCGAUGGAUGGAGAGGACUUUGACCCGUAUAUGUUGGAUUCUCCUGUUGAAGAUAGAAUUUCAGCUGCGGGAGGCAGUUCAGGGUCAGAUGCCAUAACUCCAUCUUCAAAUAAUGUUCAACAGAACUGGCUCCCAACACACAUCCCUCCAGCAAACUCGAUGGAAUCCAAUUUUGUUCCAGAAGUCACCCCCCGCUCAUUCGAAUUAAGCAGCUUCGAUCCCAGCAACGGCAACUUUGGUUUCACAGGACAUGAGCCCCUCAUUUUCGAGAACGAUGAUCUUCACUAUUUCGACAACGAUUCAUUCACUUUUCCCACUACCUCGGACGAGAACAUCUCAUUCAUCUCGAACCCCGGACACAUUUCAGUAACUCCGCCAUUGUAUAGAUCGGGCACUCAAACUAUGGGCCAUGAAUCGAAUCUUAUGGACUUUCCUGCGGAUUAUACGAGCAUCAUACGACAAGAGAGUACCUCUCCUAGCGAGGACGUAAUAUCCAACAACGAGAAUCACGAUCCUCCUACCAACAGCCUUCCCCACGGCAACUCUGAAAGCAUCCCUACUCUCCACCCUCAACCGAACUCCCAAGGCCGCUUCUCCUGCAACAGCCCAGGCUGUACCCGAUCGUAUAAGCGCUACCCCGAAUUGAAGCGCCACAGAGAAACGCAUUCUGGGACCAACCCUCCACAUCCUUGUAGCUUCUUACGCUGCAAUCGUGCGGGUGCAAAUGGAUUUCGGAGGAGGGAUCAUUUGAGGCAGCACUUGAAGCACGUCCAUAAUAUCACAAUUUGAGAAGGAGAAGGGGGGUUUCGGGGAUUUGUUUUAGGAGUUAAUGCGGAUUGGCUAUGAUUUAUUGUUGUUUGUCCUUACUUUAUGUUUUCAUUUCUGAGGAGGGAAGGGGCGCUGGAUUGGCGAAUCUAUGAUUGCAAUUACAACUCACUUUCGUCUACACGAAGUCUAUCAAGUUCAAUGUUCCUUCC